AUGGAGAGCCGAGGCCCCUCGACUCCGAGACUGCUGGAGGAACCACUGCCUCAAGCUACCACGACGCGAUCACAGAGAUAUACAGAAGAUGAUGCUAGGCCGAUGACAAGACAUGCGCCUGGCGCUCGUCAGGCUCAAUCCCAACAACCGGUGGACAAGAGAAGCCUCGAUUAUGUCGUGCGCAGUGGGUUGGCGGGUGGGUUGGCUGGAUGUGCGGGCAAAACCGUGGUCGGACCGCUUGACCGGGUCAAGAUUCUCUUCCAGGCCUCGAAUCCGCAAUUCGCCAAAUACACCGGUAGCUGGUUCGGCGUGGUGACGGCGAUGCGGGAUAUACACCGACAAGAAGGGGUUCGAGGACUAUUUCGCGGCCACUCAGCCACUCUCCUGCGAGUGUUCCCCUACGCCGGGAUCAAAUUCCUGGCGUAUGAACAGAUCCGAGCAUUCGUCAUCCCCUCCAAACGCCACGAGACUCCAGUGCGACGGUUUCUGUCCGGGUCCCUGGCAGGCAUCACCUCGGUCUUCUUCACCUAUCCCCUCGAAGUCAUCCGCGUGCGACUCGCCUUCGAAACGAAGCGCGAUUCGCGCUCCUCGCUGCGGCGAAUCUGCCAGCAGAUAUAUCACGAACACCCCAACCCGCCAGAACCGGUGGCGACCACGACCACCCAAACCUCCGCGGCAGUGGCAUCGAAAGUCGCCGAGAGAGUCGUGCCCAGGUCCGGCCUGGCCAACUUCUACCGCGGCUUUUCGCCCACUCUGCUGGGAAUGCUUCCCUACGCAGGCAUAUCCUUUUUGACGCAUGACACCAUAGGAGAUCUAUUCCGCCAUCCCCUCCUGGCGCCGUAUGCGGUGGUGCCGUCCACAGCUACAGCACCAGGUUCGCCCGGAGAUAUCACCGGCACUUCUUCCACAAAGGUCCAUCACCGAAGUCAGCUGACUGCCCCGGCUGAGCUCACCUCGGGCGCCUUGGCCGGUCUGGUAUCCCAGACGGCUUCCUACCCGCUCGAAGUCAUCCGACGGCGGAUGCAGGUCGGCGGUGCCACUGGAGAUGGUCAUAGAUUGAGAAUUUCUGAGACGGCCCGCAGGAUAUGGCUGGAACGAGGUUGGCGCGGCUUCUUCGUCGGCCUGACUAUCGGUUACGUCAAGAUUGUGCCCAUGGCCGCCACGAGCUUUUAUGUCUACGAACGCGGCAAAUGGUUGCUGGGAAUUGGAUGA